AUGACGUCGUCGGCCGAUUAUAAACCACCAGCAACGGCUGCAGAUGCCGCUGCUGCUGCCACCGGCUCUGGCACCAGCAACAGCACGAUGGCUUCGCCACAGCAACAGCAACAACAUCAAAUACACAAUCAGCUGUCCUCGGGUGCACAAGCACCUCACAGCCCUAAUCUCGGGGCGCGCAUUGCGUCGGUGAUGAUUAUGGGCUUGACGGGUGUCAUCUCAAGGACGUUCUUGUACGGCUUGAACGACAUUGAAGUCAAGGGUCUCGACAGGUUUAAGCAGCUUUUAGACAGUCGUGAAGAUCCGGAAAGGAGAGAACGUGGACUUCUUACAGUCUCCAACCACAUCAGUGUACUCGAUGACCCGGUAGUAUGGGGUGUCCUCCCAUUCAGUUAUGCCUUCAACCCGAAUAACCUCCGCUGGACGCUGGCCGCUCAUGAUAUCUGCUUCGCCAACCCAACAUUCUCCGCCUUCUUCACAGCCGGCCAAGUCCUCCCCUGCCACCGCCUCAAACACUCUCAGCACGGCGGUCUCUUCCAGCCGGCCCUAACCCAAGCCAUCCGCCUUUUGUCGGCUCAGCCCUUCACGCAGCCCGGCUUUUCCCCAGCCCCUCUAACCUCCCCCGUCACCUCUUCGCAAACCCCCUCAGCAGUCGACAUCCCCGACCCUUUCACCGUCGGCACGCUCACCUACUCCACCACCGGCUUCGACUCGCACCCCUCGCCCUCCAUCUAUACCUCCAACCGCCACUCAUGGGUGCACGUCUUCCCCGAGGGCCUGGUCCACCAGCACCCGCAGGUGGAUCUGCGGUACUUCAAGUGGGGCGUGGCUCGCUUGAUCCUGGAAUCGGAGCCGGCCCCGGACGUGGUGCCCAUGUUCAUCGACGGGACGCAGCAGGUGAUGAACGAGGAGCGCGGCUUUCCGCGGUUCCUGCCGCGGAUCGGCAAGAAGAUCAGAGUGGCGUUUGGCGAGGUGGUGGAUUACGAAGCGACGUUUGGGGAUUUAAGGAGACGGUGGAGGCAGGAGGUUGAGAGGGUAAGUCGCGAAGAGGAGGCUGCGGCUGCCAAGAGCAAGGAGCUCGUUGAGCGCAAGCCGAGACUGCUGGGUGACUUGCCUGAGCAGCUCAAGUACUCUGAAGAGGCGCAGCAGAUCAGGAUUGAGUGUGCGAGGAGGAUGAGGGAGCAGGUCCUUAAGGUCAGGAGGGAGUUGGGCGGGUAUGAGGAGAGCGAUCCUGCCUUUGGAGAGGCAAGCACGUGGGCGCCCGAUAGGAAGGUGAAGGCUGAGAAGUACAAGAGCAGGGUAGAUGGGAGCGAGAUUAACCAGGAUUAG